AUGGAAAACAAAUCGGGAGCUAUUGUCUUUGCGAUCUUAGCUAUGGCCAUUGUUCUUCAAGUGAGGCCAGGAUUAGCUCAACUUCCUACGAUUCCCGGGCUUUUCCCACCGGGUUCUACUAUUGAUAUCGCAAAAUGUUGGUCAUCUCUCUUUAAAGUCCAAGGAUGCGUGGAAGAAAUAUACAAAUCGAUCUUUUCUGGUCAAUUUGCACACGUUGGAGCAGAAUGUUGCAAAACGUUUUCAGCAGUAAAUACAAACUGUUGGCCUCAUAUGUUUCGGUUGAACCCGUUCUUCCCUCCUCUUCUCAAGAACAAAUGUGAACGUAUUGCCACAGCUCCAUCAGCAACACACAAAUGA